CCUCAGUGUGCUAGUCUUCGCCGGAUCGCGCAACCGAUUGGAUCGUCGAGAGUUUAAAUGAUGCGCGGAACGAUUUUGUCGUAACAGAACUGAGACGUCAUAGAUCAUUGUGUAUUCAAAAGGCAGCAGUGAAAAGCAGUAUAUCCACUUCGCGCAUCCUACGAAACGAAGUGCUAUCGCCGGCAAAGUGCAAUAAGAUAAGUUUUAUCAAGUCUUAUUCUGGGCCUUACACUCACUCGAGUGCCAUGCGAUGAAGAAGUUGAAGAACGUGACUAAUCGUCAUUGGGCAUUCCACGACUCGUACAAAAAACACAGCUAUGGCUAAAUCAAAAAAUGGACUCAACAGUACACCGUCCGCCCUCAAUUCCAACACGCCAUAUCCGAGCACAUCACAGGCCGCGAUAGCGGGAAACUAUCCUGUUAAUAGUGGCAAUAGUGCUGUCGAAGUCAACUCAGGUGUUGAUAAGAGUGAUAGCAACAGCAGUCCAAACAUAUCAAUUUCCUCGAUUAACGAAAACGACAACAACGAUUCGAGUGCUUUCGAGAGCAGUGACAGCGAGUGCGAUGAUGAGCAGAUUAAAAAGGCCAUUGAACGAAUUCCGAACUCACUCCAGCCGGGCGGACAGUUGGUACAGAAUGGCAUGUUGACCGUGACGAACGAUAACGACUCACCAUCUGCCAACCGGGGACCGAACAUCGGCAGUAUAGCAGUACAAAACUCGUCAGACAUCACGUUUGGCAACAAAACAUACAUAAAGGGACAGGUAGUGAUAAAAAAUAUUUACCGUGAUAGACAGGAUGGCGUCGCUAACCAAGGAUUCCAGGGAGAUACUGGAGCUAACGCUGAACUGGAGACUGCAAAUCAAAAAACUUCUGAACUGUUAAAUCCUAAAGAGCCGCUUCCGUGGCGUUCUAGUCUCAAAGCCAUCAUACGGGAUAAACCAUUGCUCUGUGUGGCCAUUCUGAUCGGUGUGAUGCUUGCCAUAACCGUCAUCGUUAUAUCAGCCUACGUAGCAACGACAACAGGUAAACCUAUAUUAAAACAACACUACGGCGAUGGCGACGACGAUCGAGCGUAUGUCCCCCCGGAUACUGGCAUAGAUAAAGACUUCUUACCAGAUCCAAAACCCUUGCGGAUAGUCACAAGAAACGAAUGGUUGGCACAGCCACCCCGAGAAGAUUUAGAAAAACUUCAACUACCUGUGCAUAAAGUUAUAAUUGCACAUACAGCCACCGAAGGCUGCACUACUCAGACGGCGUGUGUCUAUCGAGUGCGGUUUAUACAGGAUAAACACAUCAAUUCGGACAACUUCGGAGACAUCGCAUACAACUUCCUCAUAGGCGGCGAUGGCAACGUGUAUGAAGGUCGUGGUUGGCCCAAGCAAGGUGCUUUUCUCAGAGGUCAAAAUUCAAAAAGCGAAGGCAUUGCCUUUAUUGGAGAUUAUCAACGAGUAAAACCAACUGACGCUCAAAUGGAGGUACUGGAUAGUUUGUUAACUGACGGCACUCGUAAGGGCUACUUGACAGAGGAUUUCAAGCUGUACGGUGCGCGGCAGUGGCAAGCAACCCUCAGCCCUGGUGAAAGGUUGUACGAGAGAUUGAAAAAUCAUUCACAUUGGAGUGAUGAUCUUGUUGAUUGAUGACUAGUACUGUGUGAACUUCUAGAAUAAUCUGAACAAAACCGUAACAGAAGACUGAAAUUUUCAGAGUCCAUGAGCUAUAUUCAACUUUUUGCUAGGCUUCCAUUCGUAUUUACAAUUAAUCUAUUGUUGAUAAAACGAUAAAUUAGGCGCGGAAGACAUUUUACUUAUUUGGAAAAAAAGAAAAAAAUAUACUAGCAUCAUAUGUAAAAGUGCGCAUAAAUGGUUGCAUGGUAAUUGAAGAUUAGAGAUGGCAACUAAGUAAAUUUUUACAAAAGCUUGACAUUACAACAUUUUCACAACCAAUAACCAUAACAAAAAGACAGUGCUCGAUGAAAUAAAAAAACGCACAACUUGUGAAAAUUACGAUUGCAUAGGUGCUGUGAUUCGUAAUAGUCCAAAAAAGAUUUUAUUGUAAAAAAUAGAGUUUAGAAAAAUUAGUAAUAACAGUGAUUAAAUAUCAAUCGACUGUGAAAGUGUUUCCUUUGAUGGUUUUGAACUACAUUGUAGUUAAUUUGCAAAUAGAGGUUUACUGUCGGACCCUAUUCCUUUGUUUCUUGAAGAAAAAAACUUUUAAAAUUCUCACACAAUGUUUACUUGUAUUUGAGUUUGAUGACCGUAACUGCAAUAUUCGAUAAUUAUACCUAAUUACUCUAAUGCAUUUGUUGUGGCUUCCGAAGGGAUGGCAGCGUUCUUGUGUUUUAGAUUAUUUAAUUAGCAAAAACUCUUUGUUAGGUUACACUUGACUUUCAUAACAUUGUCAAACACAUGCUUACACUAUAACUGCUCAAUUGGAUUUCUUUUUUAACAACAAGGGUUUUAUUGUACACACACUUAAAUGUAAGCUUGCACAAUCUUACCAAAAUGUGAAUAACUUCGGAAAAAUCAAGAUAAAAAAACAAAUUUAGUGAGUUGUUUUGAAACUAAUCUUUGGUAAAAAGGUUUCCGUCGAAUUGCACCAUGUAUCCUUUCCAGAAUGCCUGUGAAAAUCUCGUGCGUUCCUUCCAACGUUAUCACAUUGGUAGAAAAUUCGGUGACAUUGCCUAAAAUUUCCUCAUAGGAGAUGACGGCAAUGUGUAUGAAGGUCGUGGAUGGCGCUAUCAAGGAACUUUUCUCAUAAGUACCAUCGCUAAUUACUAAUUCAUUCAUACUACUUUUUAGUAUUGCGCUUUUUCUGAUCGAUAGGUCAAAAUUCGAAAAGCGAAGGAAUCGCCUUCAUAGGAAACUACCAACACAUACACCCCACUACCAUUCAAAUGGAGUUGCUAGAUCGUUUGCUCCUGUACGAACGAUUGAAGGAACAUUGGAGUGAUGAUCUUGUAAACUAAUAUUUUUUCACCAGAAAUCAUCAGAAAAAAAAUAAUUAAGAAUACUGAAUGUUUAUUCCAUAUGAACAAUGCGUAAUUUUAAUCUUUUGAAAGAACGCCUUUUUUAAAUAACAAAAAUUAAAGGAAACUUAUAAU